ACACUAUAAAAGAGCGGCGGUGGUGCUAAUUGGAGCAGAAAACAGAAGGCAUAAUGGAAGUGAUACCGGGAUCGUUAGGGACUGCAGAAAGUUUGUGUCUGAGAGUGGUUCAGGCCAUGACCUCCGUUGCCGGCCUGCUUUUCCUGUUCUCUGGUGAAGGCUUCCGUGAAGAUACAUCCUUCUGCCUUUUGGCCACUGUCUGGAGCUUGAUCAUACCAUGGAGCUUGUUUUGGGCCACUGUAGAUUGUCUAUAUGUUUUCAUCAAAGUCCCUGAUCACAAACCAAGUACUAUCCUGACAAUCCUUAUAAUUGAUAUGAUAUUUGCAUUCUCGUCGCUUACUGCAUCCAGCAUAAUGAUUAGCUCGACAAAAUUCUUGUUCCCUGAUGACAUCUCCUGUGUCCAAGUAUUAUGCUUCCGAUAUCGCAUCUCAGCUGCUGCAGCCUUAGUGUCUUAUAUGCUGAUGUUUGGUAGUGUUCUCGGCAACCUGUUGAUGUUUCCUAGGUUUUAAAAAAUACAAAACAUAUUAGCUAUGGAUAUUAUACAUAUAUAUCAUAUUACUAUGUUUUGUCAUUGGUUGGUAGUAGCUGUAUGAUUAUGGUAUGUUUUUAAGAACAAU